AACAUCCUUUUGGUGAACGGCAUGGCGUGCGGAGAGAUCAAGAUCACCGACUUUGGCCUUUCCAAGAUCAUGGACGACGACAGCUACAAUUCUGUGGACGGGAUGGAGCUGACCUCCCAGGGAGCAGGGACCUACUGGUAUGCACUUACACACACUUGCAAGUAUGCACACGUACACAUAAGCAAACAAACACACGCAAAAUGAAAAAAAAAGUUGCCAUUGCUGACUGUUGUAACACACUCAAUCUACCGUUACUAAUUGUAAUGCCCUCUCUGCAGGUACCUGCCCCCAGAGUGUUUUGUGGUGGGGAAGGACCCCCCAAGAGCUACACCAAGGUGGACGUGUGGUCGGUGGGGGUCAUCUUCUUCCAGAGCCUUUACGGACGCAAGGUAAACACACACACAAACACCACACUCAAGUAAACGCUUGAAUGGAUUCCCCUCUGCACACUAUGUGCCCUUGCAAUGUUUUGGUUACAUCAUACAGUGGGGAAAAAAAGUAUUUAGUCAACCACCAAUUGUGCAAGUUCUCCCACUUAAAAAGAUGAGAGAGGCCUGUAAUUUUCAUCAUAGGUACACGUCAACUAUGACAGACAAAUUGAGAAAAAAAUAUCCAGAAAAUCACAUUGUAGGAUUUUUAAUGAAUUUAUUUGCAAAUUAUGGUGGAAAAUAAGUAUUUGGUCACCUACAAACAAGCAAGAUUUCUGGCUCUCACAGACCUGUAACUUCUUCUUUAAGAGGCUCCUCUGUCCUCCAAUCGUUACCUGUAUUAAUGGCACCUGUUUGAACUUGUUAUCAGUAAAAAAGACACCUGUCCACAACCUCAAACAGUCACACUCCAAACUCCACUAUGGCCAAGACCAAAGUGCUGUCAAAGGACACCAGAAACAAAAUUGUAGACCUGCACCAGGCUGGGAAGACUGAAUCUGCAAUAGGUAAGCAGCUUGGUUUGAAGAAAUCAACUGUGGGAGCAAUUAUUAGGAAAUGGAAGACAUACAAGACCACUGAUAAUCUCCCUCGAUCUGGGGCUCCACGCAAGAUCUCACCCCGUGGGGUCAAAAUGAUCACAAGAACGGUGAGCAAAAAUCCCAGAACCACACGGGGGGACCUAGUGAAUGACCUGCAGAGAGCUGGGACCAAAGUAACAAAGCCUACCAUCAGUAACACACUACGCCGCCAGGGACUCAAAUCCUGCAGUACCAGACGUGUCCCCCUGCUUAAGCCAGUACAUGUCCAGGCCCGUCUGAAGUUUGCUAGAGUGCAUUUGGAUGAUCCAGAAGAGGAUUGGGAGAAUGUCAUAUGGUCAGAUGAAACCAAAAUAGAACUUUUUGGUAAAAACUCAACUCGUCGUGUUUGGAGGACAAAGAAUGCUGAGUUGCAUCCAAAGAACACCAUACCUACUGUGAAGCAUGGGGGUGGAAACAUCAUGCUUUGGGGCUGUAUAUCUGCAAAGGGACCAGGACGACUGAUCUGUGUAAAGGAAAGAAUGAAUGGGGCCAUGUAUCGUGAGAUUUUUAGUGAAAACCUCCUUCCAUCAGCAAGGGCAUUGAAGAUGAAACGUGGCUGGGUCUUUCAGCAUGACAAUGAUCCCAAACACACCGCCCGGGCAACGAAGGAGUUGCUUCGUAAGAAGCAUUUCAAGGUCCUGGAGUGGCCUAGCCAGUCUCCAGAUCUCAACCCCAUAGAAAAUCUUUGGAGGGAGUUGAAAGUCUGUGUUGCCCAGCGACAGCCCCAAAACAUCACUGCUCUAGAGGAGAUCUGCAAAAUACCAGCAACAGUGUGUGAAAACCUUGUGAAGACUUACAGAAAAUGUUUGACCUGUGUCAUUGCCAACAAAGGGUAUAUAACAAAGUAUUGAGAAACUUUUGUUAUUGACCAAAUACUUAUUUUCCACCAUAAUUUGCAAAUACAUUCAUUAAAAAUCCUAUAAUGUGAUUUUCUGGAAAAAAAAUUCUAUUUUUGUCUGUCAUAGUUGACGUGUACCUAUGAUGAAAAUUACAGGCCUCUCUCAUCUUUUUAAGUGGGAGAACUUGCACAAUUGGUGGCUGACUAAAUACUUUUUUUCCCCACUGUACCUGUCACUGUCUGAAACGGUACUCUAGAACCAGCUGUGAAAGCGCUCUAAGUCUGGUAGCGAGGCUACCGAAACGUUACACUUUUCAUAUGUAUUUGCUAGUCCAGUGUUUCCCAAACUUGGUCCUCGGGACCCCAAGGGGUGCACAUUUUGUUUUUUGUUAAGCUUUAAGCUUUCAACAAUGAUCUUGACAGUCUUGGAGCUGGUAGGCUUUCCCAAAGAACUUGUCCUUCAUUUCCCCUCUCUUUUUCCCCUCUAUCGCUUUUCUGUCUCCCUCUGUAAAAAAACGCUUUCAUUUUUUUCUCCUCUCCAGCCGUUUGGACACAACCAGUCCCAGCAGGACAUAUUGCAGGAGAACACCAUACUGAAAGCCAAAGAAGUGCAGUUUCCCCCCAAACCUGUGGUCACCACAGAAGCCAAGGUACGCAAUACACACUUGUAUGUACACACACACACACACUCACUCUCCACACACAGUCUGCUAACCCAUGUAAUCAAAACACACAGCUCACAUUUUAUAUAUUUAGAUGGCCAUCCUUUAACUCCUCACAAUCCUUUAUAUACCUUAUUAUUAUAAGAAUUCAGACCCUUUGCGAUGAGACUCGAAAUUGAGCUCAGAUGCAUCCUGUUUCCAUUGAUCAUCCUUGAGAUGUUUCUACAACUUGAUUGGAGUCCACCUGUGGUAAAUUCAAUUGAUUGGACAUGAUUUGGAAAGACACACACCUGUCUAUAUAAGGUCCCAUAGUUGAUAGUGCAUAUCAGAGCAAAAACCAAGCCAUGAGGUUGAAGGAAUUGUCCAUAGAGCUCCGAGAAAGGAUUGUGUCGAGGCACCAAAAGAUUUCUGCAGAAUUGAAGGUCCCCAUGAACACAUUGGCCUCCAUCAUUCUUAAAUGGAAGAAGUUUGGAACCACCAAGACUCUCCCUAGAGCAAGCCACCCAGUCAAACUGAGCAAUCGGGGGAGAAGGGCCUUGGUCAGGGAGGUGACCAAGAACCCGAUGGUCACUCUGACAGAGCUCCAGAGUUGCUCUGUGGAGAUGGGAGAACCUUCCAGAAGGACAAAUAUCUCUGCAGCACUCCACCAAUCAGUCCUUAAUGGUAGUGGCCAGACGGAAGCCACUCCUCAGUAAAAGACUUGACAGCCCACUUGGAGUUUGCCAAAAGGCACCUAAAGGACUCUGACCAUGAGAAACAAGAUUGAACUCUUUGGCCUGAAUGCCAAGCGUCACUUCUGGAGGAAACCUGGCACCAUCCCUACAGUGAAGCAUGGUGGUGGCAGCAUCAUGCUGUGGGGAUGUUUUUCAGUGGCAGGGACUGGGAGACUAGUCAGGAUCGAGGGAAAGAUGAACGGAGCAAAGUACAGAGAGAUCCUUGAUGAAAACCUGCUCCAAAGGUUCACCUUCCAGCAGGACAACAACCCUAAGCACACAGCCAAGACAACGCAGGAGUGGCUUCGGGACAAGUCUCUGAAUGUCCUUGAGUGGCCCAGCCAGAGCCCAGACUUGAAUCCACUCGACCAUCUCUGGAGAGACCUGAAAAUAACUGUGCAGCAACGCUCCCAUCCAACCUGACAGAGCUUUAGAGGAUCUGCAGAGAAGAAUGGGAGAAACUCCCCAAAUACAGGUGUGCCAAGCUUGUAGCGUCAUAUCCAAGAACACUCAAGGUUGUAAUCGUUGCCAAAGGUGCUUCAACAAAGUACUGAGUAAACGGUCUGAAUAUUUAUGUAAAUGUUAUUUUUCAGUUUUUUAUUUGGAAAACAUUUGCAAACAUUUUUAAAAACCAGUUUUUGCUUUGUCAUUAUGGGGGAUUGUGUGUACACUGGAUUAAAUAGUUUUUUUUCUUCAUCAUUUUAGAAUAAGGCUGUAACUUAACAAAAUGUGGAAAAAGUCAAAGGGUCUGAAUACUUUCAGAAUGCACUGUACAUUUAUGUAUUUUUGCCUCUGCUCUACAAUAAAACAUAUUUGUAACAAACUUCUCAUCUCGGUUCCUUUACCACUCUGUCUCUCUCCCUGUCCCCCCUCUCCUUUCCCAGUCCUUCAUCCGCCGCUGCCUGGCCUACCGCAAAGAGGAGCGCAUCGACGUGCUACAGCUGGCCCAAGACCCCUUCCUCAUGCCCUCUUACCGCAAGGCCCUGGCCACCAGAGCCGGAGGGCCUCUGGCGUCAGGCUCCACCUCCAGCGCUUACAACAACAGUGCCUCAAACUGA